AUGCCCUCCAGGCAAGAAGUUUCUUACUUUGGAGCGGGCCCAGCGCCCCUCCCGACCUCAGUCGUCGAAACCGGCGCAAAGGCAUUCGUCAACUUCAACGACUGCGGUCUGGGUCUCGGCGAGAUCUCCCACCGAUCGCCAACCGCCAACAAGAUUCUCGAUGACGCCAAGUCAAACCUAUCCGCGCUCCUCGGUAUCCCCGAUAACUAUGAAGUCCUCUUCAUGCAGGCUGGUGGCAGUGGCGAGUUCAGUGCUGUUGUGCAGAACCUCGUCCCCGUUUGGAUCGAGCGCCGCCGCCGCCGAGCUGAGGCCGACGUGAAAAAAGACAACCCUGAGGCGGAGCAGGCCCAAAUCGAUGAACUGGUGUUCCAGAGACUUCAGAAGGAGGUCGAUGAGGAGUUGAAGCUCGAUUACCUCGUUACUGGAUCUUGGUCCCUCAAGGCUUCCCAGGAAGCGAGCAGACUUCUCGGGUCAAAGUAUGUCAAUGUUGCCCUCGAUGCUCGCAAGGCAAACGGCGGCAAGUUUGGAAAGAUCCCUGCUGAGGAUUCUUGGUCCUUGACUCCUACUAAGAAGGAGGGUGGCAAGGGCUCUGCAUUUGUCUACUUUUGCGACAAUGAGACUGUUGAUGGCGUUGAAUUCCAGCAGUUCCCCAAGUCAUUGGAGGCUCAGGGCCAGGAUGCCGAGGAUGAGCGCCUCGUUGUAGCUGAUAUGAGCUCCAACUUCAUCAGCCGCAAAGUUGAUGUUAGCAAAUACGCCGUCAUAUUUGGCGGACCUUCUCCCUCCCCAAACCGCGACUCCUCCCCCCCCCUCAUCCACCGAUUGAACAUCGGCGGUCUCCCGGGCCCAGUCGUCCUCGACUACGCCACUAUCGCAAAGAACAACUCUCUCUACAACACACUUCCAAUCUUCAACCUCUGGGUCGCUGGCCAAGUCAUGGCCGACCUGAUGGCCGAGUUCAGCGCCCAGAAGGUCAGUGGCCAGGAGGAGGUCGCCAACAAGAAGGCCCAGCUUAUCUACGGUGCUUUGGACAAGUACCCCGAAGUCUACCAGGUUGUUCCCGACGCCAGUGUCCGCAGCCGCAUGAAUAUCUGUUUCCGCGUCAGCGGUGGAGAUGACGCGAAGGAGAAGGCAUUCAUCGCAGGUGCUGAAAAGCGUCUUCUCCAGGGUCUCAAGGGUCACCGCAGUGUUGGUGGUAUGCGCGCUAGUAACUACAACGCGGUCCCUCUGGAGAAUGUGCAGAAGCUGGUGAAGUACCUCGAAGACUUUGCUUCAGGGCUGUAA